AUGCGAGUUCCAAUUGCUUUGCAGCUUGCGCUGCUGGUAUUGCUGACGGCGGUCUCCGGUGUCGCGGUGCUCUCCAUUACCACGUGGUUUACCACCUACAAUUUUGUAGUCGACGUUGAGUCGAAGGGCCUCGAACUUGUCGCGACCAUCAAGGCCAGUCAGAUUGCCUCGAAUCUAGACCUCCUCGAAAUAACCUGCAAGACCAUCGCGACACGAAUCCUGAUACAAUCCGCCCUGGCACGCUACUAUGCCGGAAAUGUGUCGGACGAAAAUUGGACUAAUUCCAUCGCGGAUGUUCAGUCGGCACUGGGUAGCAGACCAUAUAUGAGCCUUUACCAGGCCAUCAUAUAUUCUAAGAAUGGGGAAGGAGGCAUCGGUCCCUUGCUCAACCAGACCAGUGACACAGUUCCGGAUAUCAUCCUCCCAUAUAGCCACCCAAACGGGACACCUGUCAACCUGGGAGACGAGGGGCUGGGCUACCCUCCGUCACUCUACCCGAAUUUGACUUACAGGAGCGUGCCAGGAAAUGCUUCGACAAUUGUCUAUUCAUUUUCCGAUUACACACUUGGACUGAACUCAGCACUGCUUCUUGGUCCACUGAAAGUCAACAGCUCGUUUUCUCUUAUCUCACUGACCUUGCCUAUUGUCAAUAACACUUCCAACACAGAGGUUUUGGGCUUCAUGACUAUUGUCGCUAGUGCAGAAAACCUUCAAAGUGUCGUCAACUCACGAGAUGGGUUAGGAAAUACUGGCCAGGUUCUCCUCAUUGGCCCUACCCGACCGGCGAACACAUUCCUCUCCGAUGAGCAGCCCGCUACGGCUACAUCUGCCGCUGAUGCCGCGGCCCUCGAGAGAGCACAGGUUCACUACAUCUUCGAGCCCACUCCUCUACCCACCCAGGCUAGCCGACAUCCUGGCAUGUCGACCGAUACUCCGUUUGCCCUUUCGAAAUACCCCCUUGCACUGAAAGCUAUGCUGCAGCCAUAUGCGAGCCGAGACAAAUCUGUCAGUCAUUUGUCAACCACAAACGAGCAAUAUGCAAGCGUUGCAGUGGGAGCAGUUCGUCCUGAAACCACCCUCGUCCAAUGGAUCCUUGUCGUAGAAGAAGCGCACUCGGAGGCAUUUGUGCCAGUGGUUCGAUUACGGAAGAUUAUUCUCGCCUGCCUCUUCGGGACGGCAGGCGCUAUUAUCCUCAUAGUCCCUCUUCUGACACAUUGGGCUGUGACUCCUAUACGGAGGUUGCGUGCGGCAGCUCGGAAAACUGUCGAGCCUGAAAUUGGAUCACUACCCCCAGGACCAGAAUCACAGGAUGCACACGCGGAGCCCUUUGAGCGAAACGAGGAACACAUCAAUGAAAAAGGGUCAGGCAGCACGUGGGUGGGCCGCCUCCGACGUCCCUUAGCACGAUUGAAUAGUUCCGCCAGCCUGCACAUUUCCAGAAAUACCCGAGGCUUCCAGAUACCCGGCAGGGUUAAAGAAAGGAAACAUUGGAUCACAGACGAGCUGACAGACCUGACCAAAACCUACAAUGAGAUGUCGGAUGAGCUCACAAUUCAGUACAAUCGGCUGGAAGAGCGAGUGGCUGAACGCACUAGGGAGCUUGAAAAAGCCAAAUUGGCUGCCGAGACUGCCAACGAGAGCAAGACCCUGUUCAUCGCCAACAUCUCGCACGAGCUGAAGACUCCUCUCAAUGGAAUCCUCGGCAUGUGCGCCGUAUGCAUGGGCGAGGAUGACCUUGCUCGCAUCAAAAAGUCACUUCAGGUGGUCUAUCAAUCAGGCGAUCUCCUUUUGCAUCUUUUGAAUGAUCUGCUCACAUUCAGCAAGAACCAGAUUGACCAAGCCAUUCAGAUCGAGGAGAAGGAGUUCAAGUUAUCCGAUAUUCGCUCUCAACUGUCUAUCAUUUUCCAAAAUCAAGUGAACGAAAAGCAAAUCGACUUUAGCGUCAACUUUGUGUCCGGAUCAAUCACCGAGCCCAAAGGAACUGUGUGUCGUGACAGAGGGUCGGAACAAACAUACCCAGUCCUCAGUCCAGCGCAGCCUAUUAGACUGGCAGACAUGGUCCUUUGGGGUGAUCAGCAUCGCAUCCUUCAGGUACUAAUCAAUUUGGUCAGCAACAGUCUCAAGUUCACACCCGAGAAUGGGAAGGUGGAAGUCCGCGUCCGCCUCGUGGAUGAACCUUUGGGUCUUGCGAACCCGGUGACCUCAAGGGAUGGGCCUCGCCAUAACUCACGACUACGCUCUCAGACUACCUCAAGUGCAAACUCUUCCAUGCGUCGUACAUUUGAUGCGACCGAAAACCAAGCCGGAGGACAAAGGCUAUCACAGUCCAGCUUUCGCCAGCUCGACUUCCAAUUUGAAGUCGAAGAUAACGGGCCAGGAAUCCCUAGCCAUCUUCAUCGGCGUAUUUUUGAUCCCUUUGUGCAAGGGGAUCUAGGAUUGAAUCGGAAAUACGGAGGAACAGGGCUGGGCCUCAGCAUCUGUGCUCAGUUAUCCCGCAUUAUGAGGGGUGAUAUUCUGCUCGAAAGCGAGGAAGGCAAGGGUGCCCUUUUCACGUUAAAGAUUCCCCUAGGAUACGUCAAAGAAUUGGCGCCAAGCACUCAUGCUUCUAGCAUCCCAGGGUCACGAACCCCCAGUGUUCUCUCCUUGGAGGAGUUCUCCAACCCUGCGCGAACACCAUCCAAUAACGGCUCAGUGACAAAUGAAGCUCCUGCGCCUGGGUUUGAUAAAUCAGAGAUCCAACCGCGGUUGGUUGGCUUCAGUCAACCAUUUUUUACACCUACGGUUCCGUCGUCGCCUGCGUCAACGCCUAACAAGUUGCCGACCUCCACGGACAGGGCUGAUCGAUCAAAGAAAAUUCGCGUUUUGGUCGCCGAGGAUAACACCGUGAACCAGGAAGUAGUUCGACGGAUGCUUGCAUUAGAGGAAGUCUAUGAUGUGAUGAUUGUCAAAGAUGGCCAGGAGGCCUACGAUACUGUCAAGUCUAGUAUGGAGAAAGGCGAGGUAUUCGACCUGAUCUUCAUGGAUAUUCAGAUGCCCAAUCUCGACGGCAUUGAAAGCACCCGCCUCAUCCGACAGAUGGGCUACUCUGCUCCCAUUGUCGCACUGAGUGCUUUUGCAGAAGAGAGCAACGUCAAGGAUUGUAUGGAUUGCGGAAUGGAUAUGUUUAUCAGUAAACCUAUCCGCAGGCCUGCGUUAAAGCAAGUACUCAGCAAGUUCUCCACAAUCAUUGAGGAAAGCGAAGUUGGCACAUAA